CUUGACAAUGAUUAGAUCUGGCACUAUCUUUGACUUUGUCUUUAACAUGUAUUCACUGUUAAGUGCCUGGCCGUAAUGUAAACAGUUAUUCAGUCCACGCAGUUUCCCUGUUUAUGAAUUGAUAUAAUGUCGAGGCAACUUACCAACAAAGAAGACAAUUGAGGAGUAGUUAGACCUUGGAUGACAACUUGGAAUUGGAAUGACAGACUCGACUCACUGCACCAGUUAUGCUCCUUUAUAAUUAUAAUACCACACACUAGAUCUAGAGCUUCCGUAAAAACUACUAGGCCUACCAAAUGAUGAUGCAUGCACGCCUAGCCGGCCAACAAAUAAUGUUUACGGAAGUGGUUGAAGGUUCACACCGGUUCACACGAUCGACUGGCCUGGCGCGCGCGCGGGACAUUUUACCUUCAUCAGUUUCGACUACGACCUGCAUGCAUAGAUGUUCCGCGGGCACCAGCCUGGAAUAUUUGGAAGCCGUAUACGGUACGUAAUACCAGGGUUGCAUACUACACUUGGUAUACCGUACUACGUGGUGGUGGCACGUGCUAGGAUCGGAGCCUGCAAUUAAUGAUUAAGGAAGGACAUAGGAUUUUGAAAUUGACGUUCAUCAUCUCGCUGCCUGAAAAGGAUCGCUCUCUCAUGCAUCGCCGGGGACAGCUGUAAUUUUGAAAUAUGUAACUCUCCACGAGUAUGCCUUUGUCAGGCUGAAGACCAUGUUCUGAAGGACAGUAUUCAAUGUGGAUUGUCUGAUAAUCAGGUUUUCAAUUUUGAUAAUGAUAUACUACAAGCUAUGAUCAAGCACCUUGUACAAACUCGGUGACUGGGAGAGUUUAAAGGUGUCUGCUGAUGAGACUAAGACCAGUUACAUCCAAGUGACAAGGUUAAUUUUUGAUGAGCCACACCAAAUUCACAUUAAUGCCUGAUAUUAACUGUUUAAGACUGAAUGUGAAAUCAAACAUGCUGGACCUGCCUUGACACUGGAUGUGCAUAGAGGCUAUAUGUACACAUCAUCGCAUAUAUAUGUCACUCGUGUAGAUGCAAUUGUAGACACAUCGUGAUUGUUUUAAGCUUAAGAUAACGAAAGGAGAUAACGUUAUCAGUUGAAAGCCAGAAAUGGCGAGGGAGAACUUUGUGGCUUCUUUUAACAUGCAAACUACCUAGAGGGGUGGUAAUUCUUCUUGAUAACAUUGUUUUAGCAUCGUAGUCAUGUCAUAGUGGCUACAUGAACAGAGCUGCAUUGUGAAAGGCACCAGCUACAACAUGGUUUUGAAGUGCCUCUGUCUGGGAUCAAUGCUAUCUAACGGCCAAUCCUUCGGUUGCUGCCACUGCUGCAUGUCCGCAGCAGGGGGUGGGGUUUCCGCCGCUGCCUCUUCAACUCCAGGACAUGCAUGCCACUUUGGGAGUUUGGCCUGCUGUUCGAGACUGCCAUGCUGCUCAAGGGAGCUGGUUGUGAGCGCCGGGGCUUCAGGUCAGAGGUCAUGUCUGUCAUCUGUCGUUGGGAAGCUCCCUUGCGUGAAGGUGUGUCCUAGGUUAACAGCGUAUUCAGCCAUCUCGCUCAUUGGCUUAUCAACAUUUCUCCUUUUCCAGCAAGAGGUGGAGUUAAUUCUAUCAUGGUUGCUUGACUCCGGUGAUGCCGAGAGCUUCCUCUUCUUUCUUGUGCUCUUCAUCUUCCUCUCCUUCCCCAUGACGUGGGGCUAUAUCCUGGUCAACGUUGUCGCCGGAUACCGCUUCGGCCUCGCCUUUGGAACAUUUGUUGUGAUAGUGACAGUAGCCAUCGGCUCCGUGUGUGCGCUGCUUGUGUGUAGGACGUUACUGAGUUCCCUGAUAAGACGGAACCUGAUGACUGAGAAGCUAGAGAUGAUUGUUAGGGUGGUGGAAGGUGAUCAUGGAUUCCAAGUUAUUGCUCUGACGAGAUUGACCCCGAUACCCUUCGGGAUACAGAAUGGAGUCUUUGCUCUGUCCAAUGUCCGUGUAUCAACAUUCAUGUUAGCAUCAUUCCUGGGCCUUCUACCUACCCAGUUCCUCAAUUCCUACAUGGGUUCGUCCCUUCGUUCCGUCCAAGAUAUAAAGGAUCAACAUUCAUCUUCCUUGUUCUUUAUAGCUCAGGUACUUUUCAGCUUUUUCCUGUCGGUUUAUGUGUUAAGAGUGGCCCAGAGAGAACUUCACAGGAAGCUAGAUGACCAUCAUCAUCACACCAUGCCAACUCCAAUACCAUACCAAGCAGCUGGGUCAUCUCAGGACAAGGUCAGAGGUCAACCUUCAGAAAAUCAAUUGGAGUUGAUGAGUAAUGGCCAGACGUAUUCUCAUAACUCUCAAUGCAACGAGUCUCAAGCAAUUUUUAUUGUAUAGCAUAUGUGUUCCAGAAAAAACAAUGCACCUGAAUGACUAUUCCUACAAACGAAUCAUUAAUCAGAUUUUAUCUUUCACAAAUAUUUUUGAAAUCAUAUUUUGUACGUCAUGUAUAUAAUACUUCAGAUUUUUUACUUGAUCAAAAGUAGCAUUCCAUAUGUGUGUAAAAAUAUUGUCAUUCUGAAAUGAACCUGGGUAGUAUGUCAAUAUGCACAUUAUAAAAAUAUUCAGAUUGUAACUCGGCCGUUUAAUGAGCAAUUAUUUUGAUCAAGUUUGCUCAGCAAGUCAAAAAUUUUCUGCUAUAAAAGAGAAGGCCUAUGAACCGUAUUUCAUAAGAAGAAAGGUUGUGGGUGUAGUGGUGUACAUUAUAAGAAAAUAUAAGUUUCUGUAAACUUUAAUAACCCUUUUCAAUCAACUCGAUAAUUGAUACUAAAAAGUGCUUAUUAUUUAUGAAAGGAGUGUAGAAUUCCCAUGAAACCACACUAAGGUUUUGCUGCAUUGUUGUAAAGGGGGGGGGGGGGGAACAACAUUUUUUUGGGGGGGCAAUGGAAUACUCAAAGUUCAACCGCUUCUCAUUCAAGCGGAAUUUAGGUAAGAUUUACACAGUUCAAUUUUAAGUGCAGUAUUUAGUUAAUAUUAUUUCUUUGAGUGCAAUUCAAAUUAUUGAAAUUAUCAAUUCAAUGGAUAAUUGUUAAAAAUUGUAUUAUGCUGCUGGGCAAAUCCUUGUUUCUCAAAACUUGUUGAUGUUGAGAAAGAAUAAAACACAUGGCUGCCAUAAGAUUAUGUAUCAAAUGGAGAAGUCUUCCCUUGCCACAGCAUUGCAUAUAUUCAUAUCUCAAGUUGGAGAACUUAUAAUUGCACAGGAUAUCACUUGACAGAUUUUGUUAUCUCAAAAAGGGGAUUUUCUCCCAAUUCUGAGAUAAGAGGCAAUGCAACCCCUAUUGACGUUUGCUUUCUCAGAAGGGCAGGUUAACAUGAGGUUUUAUGUACGUUUCGGCCUAUCAGAUAAGAACUUUAGUCAAUAAAGCUGAAGGCAAGAAUAUGAACAUGUAUAUAAUGAAGAGUUUUAUAUCUGAUGACAGAAAUUAAUUCCUGUGUUAUUUUUAUACUUUUCGUAUUAAAAAAAAAAAAGAAGUGUGACAUAUAAUGAAGACUGAGCUAGAACACACAAUCGGGGAAAAAAGGAAGAGUUUCUGAACUAUUAGUUCACAGGAAAAUUAUAUUAAUGUUGCCGUUUUGUGUUCUUACCUGGGGGCCGUUUCAUAAAGCUGUUCGUAAGUUAAGAGUGACUUUAAGAACGACUGGUGAUCCUUUCUUGUGGUUAAAUAUAUUCACCAUUAAAAGCACAUUGGUGAUUUAUAGCAUGUAAGAAAGGUUUACCAGUCGUUCUUAAAGUCGCUCUUAACUGACAAACAGCUUUAUGAAACACCCACCCGGUAUAAAGAUUCCACUGUAAAAUGAAGGUUCAGUUCGAUGUUUGAAAGUGAUCUUCAAAGUAUAGGUUUGGGAUGCCUCUUUGAAUAAAAGUAGGGGAGCAUGAAAUGGGGCCCUACUGUACACAGACUUAAAGUGUGUAUAAAAAGAGGGAGAAUUUCUGUUGAUAUUAGAAAAAAUGAGUAUUUGAAAAAGGCCAUCCUUAAUGGUUCAAUGCAGCUGUUGAUUAAAGACCUCAGUAUUGGAUUUAUUUCUUUUUUUAUUGAUAUGUUAUUUUUUUUUUAUGAUCAUUGAGAUAGAAUUUUCAGAUUUUCUUUGAAAAUUCUAUUUCCAAGGUAUAAUGUUAUGUUUUUACUUAAAAUUCUAAUCUUUUUAUACGCUUUGUCCCCUUUGACUACUUAAUAUGAUGCAAAUAUGCAUGGUCAAAGAGUAACGUUUCUUGGUUAAAACGAAUUACUGAAAAUCUUAAGAAAUCCUAAAAAUGAAAUAAGACUUAUCAUCACCAUUGAACGCAUUCUCAUAAUACAUACCGGACAACUUUUAUUCUUUUUAUUUUUGUCAGAUGAAGGGGCAAUACAAGCUAAAUAUAUAUGUAAUUAAAUGAAUGUAUAUUUAAUCAUUAUGUAGUGAUCAGAUGAAGUAAUAAUUGCAGUGGUAUUGAUGAAUACAUCCCACUUGUUUCGAGUGAUACUGUAUCAUUAUUUUUUUCAUUCAGUAUCAAUGCAGUAUAUAUUCAAAGACUCAAAGGUCUAUAUUCUGGGGUCAGGUUUAACUUAAGCCAUGGUUCAAGUCAGUGCUAGAAUUCUGAGAAGCAAGUGUCAUGUGUAUGAAGUUCUUUCUCCUUGCUUUAAUGGUGACAAAAGAUAUUUCAGUUGAUUAUUUUUUUCACACUGACGUGAAUGAUUGGAGUGCCAUAGUCUGUUGAGUACCUAAGUCCGGGACCCAAGUGUGACGUCAUCAAUUUUCACUUUUUGCAUUUCAGCACUUUUUAUACCAUAUUUUGGAAGAGCAUGAUGAAAAACCCCCACAACCCAAAUCUGGUGAGAAUCGGUCCAAGGGGCCCCAAGAUAUGACCUCAUGUAUACAUACCGGUAAUUAGGCCCAUUGAAGUCAGUGUAUUAUUCACCUGGUUCCUAACUUUUGAACCAGGCCAAUACUACAUGUACUUCAAUGGUGCCAAUCACGUAUUCAUGAGGUCAUAUCUCAGGCCCCCAUGGACCGAUUCUCACCAUAUUUUGGAAAUACAGGUUUUUCAUCAUGCUCUACCAAAAUAUGGUAUCAAAAAUGCUGAAACGCAUAAAAAAGUUUUUUUUUGUGACGUCAUCCCUUCGAUACUCUAUAUAACCUGAUAAAGUCAACCUGUACUACUCUUAGAGACCUGUGUAGCAUUGCCUAUCCAACGUUGAACUGCAACUUUGUCACCCGAGUUUAAAUGAUAUUAGAGUUAAGAAUACAGACCUAAGUGUAUAUUGAUUGAUUGAUUCUUGAUUAUCUUUGAUGUGUACAUUCCAUCAGGGUAUUGAUUUAUUUCAAUCACGGCUCCAACAGGGGAAAUUAAAUUGUAUUUUUUUACCAGGGUCCUCUUCUUUUCUUUUUGUAUUCCUGUCAAACAACUCUUUGAAUUGACACCGGCAGCAAGUCAUGGAGUCUCCUUUGCAACUUUUGAGGGCUGCUUUUGAUAUUUUGGGGGUUAAAAUAAAUGCCCUUUGCCCCUGUGUUUUUUCUUGGGGGGGGGGGUCUGUCUAUAAAUGGUGAGGAACUGGGCCUUUUUCAUUCUUGGACCCUGAUCUUGUUAAACAAAUAAAUUAAUGCAAACUUUACUCAUGUAUCAUGCGCCACUCCACACGACAUGUUCAACCUCACUUGCAACAAUGAUGUUCAUUGGCUUUCUCAAUUUUGCAAUUGACAGCAACCCUGCAUGGUAUUCAAUGGAGUUGUAAAAUUCAGAAUAUAUUGAUAACAUUGAAAUUGAUUAUUCUAAUUUUCCAUUAUAACUGUUCAUAUGUCACUGAUCCCUUCAUUUAAUUUUUUUAUACAUUUAGCUAAAGAUUCUUAUUUUCAAGGUAAUAUACAUUUUGGGAUUUACAUUUAAUUUCAGAUAAUAUGAAUUUGGAAUGAAAUAAUGGAAAAUUGUUUGGGUUGGGUUUGCGCUAUGGAUUAUAAUUCUUUUUCAUUUCCUCACUAGUAAUUCCUAGGAUGAAUUAUGAAGGUGGUUGAUUUUUUUUUUUUCCUUGUCUACUUGCCAAUCAGAUGAAUUGCCAUUCUAUUUUCUCUGCAAUCAUUAUGUUAAAAUAUAUGUGAUCAAUCACUGAAAAUGA